AUGAAGCUAACUCAACCUUUAGUUAAGCUGUUCGUGCACUGGCUCUACACCAAGACUGUGCCCGACGUGGACUCCUUCGAGGAAUGGUCGCCAAUCAUCGAUAGCGCUCUUGAACCCAGCAUGUAUGAUGCAUGGAUGCAAAAGGUUUUCCUUGUUCUUAUCAAAGCCUAUGCGUUUGGCAACAAAUUUCUUGCAACCAGGUUCCGACAGGAUGUCAAUCAGGCGUUCUCGGAUCAUCUACACUGUAACCGCCUAGAACUGCCCGAUGGCUGGCAUGUCAUGCAGUAUGCUUUCAAGCACGUGCCAUUGGAUCGCCCCAUUCUCCAGCAUCUGGCUGAUCAUCAUUGCAACUUCUGGCCUGAGUCCUAUGACAAGGAGAUAGACAUACAAGCACAGAAGAGAUUACCGCGAUCUUUUCUGAUGCGCGUCAACAGGAGAUUCUCCGAACUUCUGCCAACGAUAAACACUGCGUGGAAGGGUUCUCCUCCGCGCUGUUACUACGAACAUGCUUCGGAAAAGGAAAUGCAGAAGUGUGGAAAGUCACACAUGGUUUACGAUGAGGACAGAGAGUACGGAUACUUUCCCAAAGAACGAUGA